UGGGCCAAUAGGAACUUCUCAGUACGAGGGCUUUCUCAUAACCAACUCGUUCAAUUUCAACUGUUUCCAUCGUCUCAAUAUCUAAAUAUACGAAAAACGAGCUAUUUCACCCUAAUACGCUACAACUGUGGGAAGUUGGCACGAUGGGCUCACCGACACAUCGCGUGGUGGAUAUCCACACUCAUAUGUAUCCUCCAGCAUACGUCCAACUCCUAGAAUCUAGAGACAGCAUCCCCCUAAUCCGGAAAUUCGCCGGCGCCGAGGAACCGCGUCUCAUUAUCCUACCCGCCGAGGCCGAAUCAUUAGACAAGAGUACUUCGGAAACCCCAGAGAACCCAUCUUCUCACCUUCCCGGCCGGCCUGUAACGACUCACUAUUCAUCAUUAAAGCAGAAGCUACACUUUAUGGACACGCACAAGAUCGAUAUCUCAGUUAUCUCGCUUGCCAACCCUUGGCUGGACUUCCUCGCUCCCGAGGACGCCGGCGAGACCGCCAAGUCCAUCAACCAAGAGUUUUCGAACAUGUGUGGCGAAGCCCCAGGCCGCCUCUUCUUCUUCGCCACGCUACCCCUGACUGCACCUCCCGAGACGCUCCUCGCUGCUGUAGGACACGUCCGUGGCCUGAAAUAUUGUCGAGGCGUCAUCCUGGGCACGUCUGGACUGGGAAACGGGCUCGAUGACCCGGCGUUGGUACCAGUGUUCCGCGCCCUGGCCGCUAACAAGCUGACCGUCUUCUUACACCCUCAUUAUGGACUGCCGAGCGAGGUUUGGGGCCCGCGCGCGGCUGAGUACGGACACGUUCUCCCGCUGGCCCUCGGCUUCCCGAUGGAGACUACCAUUGCUGUCGCGCGCAUGUACCUGGCCGGCGUGUUCGACCAAGUUCCAGAGCUCCGUAUGGUCCUCGCGCACAGCGGCGGGACGUUGCCGUUCUUGGCGGGGCGCAUCGAGAGCUGUAUCGUGCACGACGGACACCUCGUGAGGGAAGGGAAGGUGGGGCCGAGCAGACGGACGAUAUGGCAGGUUCUGAAAGAGCAGAUCUACCUCGACGCGGUCGUGUACUCGGAGGUCGGGCUCAAGGCGGCGAUCGACGCUAGCGGCGUGGACAGGUUGAUGUUCGGGACGGAUCAUCCGUUCUUCCCGCCGCUCGGCAGCGAUGAGCAGGGCGAGUGGGAGAGCGUAACGUGGAAUGCGGAGUCAGUUAGGAAGGCGUUGGGGGAUGGGAGCGAGGCUGCGAGGGCGGUUAUGGGCGGGAAUGCCGUUGAGAUCUUGAUGUUGCAUGAGGAUGGUUGAACAUCUCUGGUGUUAUAUAAAAGCCAAUAGACCGAGAAUCAAAGCACUACAGUCUUCACUAGGUAGGUCAAAGGCUAUUGUGUUUUGAAAUGAGUUGUCUUAAGGGGUGAAAGAAUUGUUAUACCCUAAAUACCCAGUAAGUCAUUACCCCUAUUUUUCUACCACAUAGGUCCGAUGAACGUAUAACGAAUUUAUCAAAGGGAUAAUAGAUGUAUUACGAUUAUAAUAGCUUUAUUUUCAUUGAAUGGCUUGACGAAGCACGUU